AAACAAGCUUCAGUGCUUGAUGGAAAUAUAGACUGGCGAUCCUCUCUCUAUUCCUCCCCCUCCACCACAUCACAUUAGAUGCAGCUAUGGCGGCCGACAACGAGGCUCCUGUCGCGAGCAACGCUAGCAACUCCCGCCCUAGCGAGGGUUCGGGCAAGGGCAAUGCCGAUGGCGGCGCUUCUUCCAAGAACGAGUCUGGCAAGGAUGGGUUCCGUCGCAAUCCUCGACACGAUCACCGAACCCGCGGCAAGGGCCGAAGCGAGAAAGGACGAGGCGAAUGGAGCCGGCAGAAGAACGACAAGCGCAAGAAGAACGACGAGUAUCACGAGUACAAGCGCCGCAAGCUGAACGAGCGGGGAGACACGGCCGAGGCCAAAAACCCCUUCUCCAAGGAUGAGAUUUCCGCCGAGGAGCGCCGCCCCAAGCGUAAAGUCGCGGUCCUGGUCGGCUAUGCUGGCACUGGAUACAAGGGCAUGCAGGUCAACGGCGACGAGAAGACUAUCGAGGCGGACCUGUUCAAGGCCUUUGUCGCCGCCGGCGCCAUCUCCAAGGCCAACGCCGACGACCCCAAGAAGUCAAGCCUGAUCCGUUGUGCGCGAACCGACAAGGGUGUCCACGCCGCGGGCAACGUCAUCAGCUUGAAGCUCAUCAUCGAGGACGACGAUGUCAUCCAAAAGAUCAACGAUGCUCUGCCGGAGCAGAUCCGCGUCUGGGACAUCCAGAGGACCAACAAUGCCUUCAGCUGCUACCAGCUGUGCGAUUCGCGGUGGUACGAGUACCUCAUGCCGAGUUACUGCCUGCUGCCUCCCCACCCCGAGACCUUCUUGGGCAGGAAGCUGGUUGAGCUUGCCAAGGAGCACAACGUGGAGGACGACCUCAACGCUAAGAUGGCGGACGUGAAGGACUUCUGGACCGAUGUGGAAGAGAAGGAGAUCAAGCCCAUCUUGGCUCGAUUGGACCCCGAGGUUAGGGCUGCUGUUUUGGAGCGAUUGCACGUCGCCGAAGAGUCUGGCCAGACCGAGGAAGACAAGGAAGAGAAGGAGGAGGAGAAGCCUGCUGCUGAGACGGCCUCCGAGGGUGCUGCUGAGUCUGGAGCACCCCAGGCCACCAUCACUCUCGAGAGCCACCAGCCCAAGGGCCGCGAACUCGGACCCAUCGACUUCGCGCUCCGCGACAUCAAGGCCGCCUACGUUACGGCCAAGCGUCGCUACCGCGUCACCCCCGACCGUCUCCAGCGACUCCAGGACACUCUGGACAAGUACACCGGCACACGCAACUUCCACAACUACACGGUGCAGAAGUCCUUCUUCGAUGCCUCAGCAAAGCGCCACAUCAAGUCCUUCAUUGCGAACCCCGAGCCCAUCAUCAUCAACGAUACCGAGUGGCUCUCGCUCAAGGUCCAUGGACAGAGCUUCAUGAUGCAUCAAAUCCGCAAAAUGGUCGGCCUGGCUAGCUUGAUGGUCCGCUGCGGAACUCCCCUCGAGCGUGUCGAGGAGAGCUACCAGAACCAGAAGAUGGCCAUCCCCAAGGCUCCCGGCCUGGGACUGUUGCUCGAGCGGCCAGUCUUCCAUAACUACAACAGGAAGGCGAUGGAGGCGUUCCAGAAGGAGACGAUUGACUUUGCCAAGUACGAUGAGAAGAUCCUGGCGUUCAAGGACAAGCAGAUUUACCAGCGAAUUUUUGACGUAGAGGAGAAGGACAACUCGUUCCACAUGUUCUUCAACCAGAUCGACCAGUUCAAGACGAACCACUUCCUGUGGCUGACCGCAGGUGGCAUGAAGGCUGCUGAGAUUUCCCGUGAUUCGACCGGUGAGAAGGUGCAGCGAGAUGUGGACAAGCGACUGGGCGAUGAUGAUGAGGAUGAGGACCCCGAGGGUGGUGAGGGUUAAGCAUAUGAGCCUUGGAUAUGUAUGAGAUGGUAAUGAAAACGCCUGUAUGCCUUUACAUAGCAUUAGCAUUAGAUGGGGAGCGUGCCCCUGUUCGCAACAAUCAACGGUUUCCGGUACUUUCAAGGAGUCCUUAGGUCCGUG